CAUUUUCGGCGAGAAUAUAAAUAAAUACUUCCCGUUGAAAAUUACGUGUAUUACUGAGAGUGGUCUAGUAUUUUAUUAAGUGGUAUGAUCAGAUUUUUAACAGAUUUACAUCGGUAAAGAUGGAGAUCCCUUAUAGGAAAAUAUUUAUAUACAUAUUAACCUUCGCAGCCUAUGCAUACACUGGUAUAGGCUCGAGCAUGUUACGGAAUUUAAAAGAUGCAGUAUUGUCCGCUGAAUCAGUUUUCGGAGACUUAUUUCGCAAUACUAUCACGGUCGCUGAAAAGUUCAAAUCAUUGCACGAAAUAUUCGAUGCAGCUGUGGAAGAGGAAUGUAUAUUCUCAUGUCCUGAAGGCCAAAAACCAGUCAGAAAUAGAAAUCAUAUUCCGAAGUCUGAUGGCUGUGGUUCCCUUGGGUUUGAAAUUUCGUCAGAAUAUUUGCCACUGGAGCAGAUGACCAAUUGCUGCAACACACACGACAUCUGCUACGACACGUGCAACAGUGGCAAAGAAGUGUGUGAUCUAGAAUUCAAGAAAUGUUUAUACAAUUACUGUGAUUCUUACAAAUCGGUGAAUGUUGCCGGUGAAACAAUAACUAAAGGUUGUAAAGCAGCAGCUAAAUUGCUCUUCACAGGCACACUGACCCUCGGCUGCAAGUCCUAUCUGGAUGCACAGAAAAAUGCCUGCUACUGUCCACCUCCAAAGAACAAGUAUAGAAAAUAUACAACAGGAGACGGAGAACUUUAGGUUAUGGUGUACGUCAAUUAUUCAUUAUGCUAUAUAUCAUAAUUUUAACUUAAGCUAGGUCAAUAGUCUUAUUGACAAAAAUGUUGUAUUUUACAGUCAGCUUAACCAAUGAAAAUAUAAAGUAAUUUGUAGUAGUAAUUAUUUUUAUUGUUGAUGGCUGUUUAUUAUUUUACCUUGCUAGCAUCAUUCUUAUUUAUUGUUGUAUUUGUUAUUUUAUAAGUUGAAAGGAGACAGUUAAAAUAAAAAUGUAAUUUAUGUAACCUAAUUAGGUUGUGAGGCUGCCAAAUGUUGUUUAAGUCUUUAAAUUUAUAAUUAAUUGUAACAGGCAUCAAGUUUAACUAAGACAAAUUAUAACAUAACUUAAGACUGCAAAACAUCUGUGGCAUUAUUAUUUAAGUGUUUGUGUGAUAAUGUUGUAGUGAUUAUUCUUUUGGUCUGGUUGAUAUUAUUAGUUUAUUCAUGAAAAUAAUCAUGCAUGAUGGAAGUGUUUGGGAUUGAAAUAUUUUUGUACAGUUAAUAAAAAGAUUCAUACAUU